UAAUGCAUGUAACUAAUAAAGGCAGAACUUGCAAACAAAGAAGCUCAGUUCAUACAAAAGAUUAAAAAAUAAAUUCUGAAAGGUUUUCAUUAUCAAAUAUCAUUAAAAUAUAGACGUAGUCUGAAUGUUGAUAUGAAUAAUUAUACACCUAAGUAACCAAAAUGGGCUGAAAAGACUAUUAAAAAUAUGAAUAGAUGUUCCUUUACUGAUCUUAAUGAAUAAGAUAAGAGGGGAUCUAUGAGUACCGUAGCUACAUUAACAACAAUGAGCACAGAUUUUUAUGUUUAAGAUGAUGAUCCUAUUGAAGAAUAGACAUCUUCAAGUGAUGAAUCAUAAAGUUAUGUAAAAUUUAAAACAGAAAUGUGUAAAAAUUGGAGUAUGUUGGGUAGAUGCAAUUAUGGAAAUAAGUGUUAAUUUGCACAUGGUUAAAAUGAAAUGAUUAAUCGAUAGUGUAAUUAGAAAUACAAAUCUAAACUAUGUCGGUCUUUCCAUUAAGAUUAUGUUAUUAACACUUAUUAUUUAUUUAGGUCUGCUUUUAUGGAGCUAGAUGUUAAUUUAUUCAUGAAAGCAGAAGUGUUGACCAGAUUAGAAAAGAUUGCAAAUCUUAGACUUCUUUUUAUUAGCCUACUUCAAAUUAAUUAAGAUUGAAAUCUUUUCAACUUAUAACAAGUGAUUGGAAACAAGAAAUUCCAUUGCAAGAAUGUUUUUAACUUUGGAAGACUAAAUUGUUAUUAUAAAUCAACAUAUCAUCAAGUAGUGAUUGA